AUGACUAUAUUUACUCGGAAAUGUCCAAUUAAUAUCCGCUGGUUUCAUAUAAAAUGUAGCAGGGUUAGAGGUUCCAUAUUUCAGAUACUAAGUCGACGACACCUUCUUACUGUGAAGGUAAAACCAAGUUAUUCGGUUAACUAUUCUAAAAUGAGUAUACUAGACCAUACUGAAAAACGAAAAGCUGAUGAGCCUAACGAAAAUGUUCCGCAGAAAACAAAACAGCAAUGUUUAGAUAAAUUCUUCACUGCCAAACCCAAAACACCACAGAAAGCGCCCAUUUUAAAUUCUAAUACUGUUACCAAUGGAAAAAGUAUAAAGUUUGACAAAAAAAAAUGGGCCGAAGAAUUGACAGAGGAUCAAAGGAAAUUACUACAACUAGAAAUUGAGACCAUGGAAGAUUCUUGGUUUGAAGCCCUUAAGGAUGAAUUCUUACAGCCAUACUUUUUGGACUUGAAGAAAUUUCUUCAAAGUGAAUGGCAGAAAGAAAGGGUUUUCCCUCCUAAAGAAGAUAUAUAUUCUUGGUCGCAUCAUACUCCUCUGUCCAAAGUUCGUGUUAUUAUAUUGGGACAGGAUCCUUACCAUAACGUUGGGCAAGCUCAUGGACUUUGCUUUUCCGUUCGACCAGGGAUUCCUUGUCCGCCUAGCUUACUAAACAUAUACAAAGCUAUCAAAAUAGAUUACGAAGAUUUUCUUAUACCAAAGACGGGGUAUUUGAUACCAUGGGCCGAUCAAGGUGUGUUGAUGCUAAAUGCUAGCUUGACUGUUCGAGCUCAUCAAGCUGCAUCCCACUCAGGAAAGGGAUGGGAACGAUUUACAACUACUGCUCUUCAAAUUGCUUUAAAUAAACACAAACGUGGAAUUGUUGUACUGGCUUGGGGAACGCCCGCCAACAAGCGUCUUCAAGGGCUCCCUUUACAAUCACACUGCAUACUAAAGAGUGUUCAUCCGAGUCCUUUGUCUGCUCAUCGUGGGUUUUUCGAAUGUCAUCAUUUUAAGAAAACAAACGAUUGGUUAGCGGAACGUUAUGGAAAUGAAAAUUCUAUUAAUUGGCAUGCUGUUUCCAUUCCCACGCCUUCAAAACCUGAAGCUUCGAGCAAGCCUUUGGAUGAAUUGGAUGAAAAUUCAUCAUUGGUAACUAAAAACUUGAAAACGGAGGAACAGAAGGCAUGA